AUGGAUCUCAGGAGAGUGAAGAAUCUUCAGGCACUGGUCAGUGCAUACAAAGAAGACCCCAGCCUCGUGGGGGCCAAGCAACUGACGUUACUGCGAGCCCACAUGGAGAACAUAUUAAAUGCUUACACAGAUGCCUUUGGCAAAAAAGUCGAGGAGGAAGAUAAAUGUGAGGUUAGCAGCAGCAAUGAAAGCGAUUCUGAUAUUGAUGAGGAUGAUGAGAUCCUUGAGCCAGACCAAGACGUCCUCCAAGAGAUGGGGGAUGAUAAUCUGAGGCUCACUAGUGAGAUGAUGGAUCUGGCUGAUGAAAAGAGAGAAGAAGCUUUCAAUGCCCUUGAGAAAGGCAACCUCCAAACAGCUGUUGAGCUGUUCACUGAGGCCAUCAAGUUGAACCCCCAGUCCAGUGUGAUGUAUGUGAACAGAGCAAGCGUCUUUGUGAAACUGAAGAGGCCAACUGCUGCUAUCAGAGACUGUGACAAGGCCUCUGAGAUCAACUCCAAAUCUGCACUUCCAUAUAAAUGGCGGGGGAAGGCCCACAUCCUCUUGGGGCAAUGGAGGAAAGCAGCUGAGGACUUCACAACAGCUUGUCGAUGGGACUGUGAUGAAGAAACUAUCGCUUUGCUUCAAAUGGUGCAGCUCAGACUCCAGAAGAUUGCAGAGUAUCAUAAAAAAUAUGAGCAAAUGCAAGAGCUAAAGGCAAUCCAGGAGCAGCUGGAGAAAGUGAGACUGGCUCUGGAGAAGCAAGAAUCAGUCCAGCAGGAGCAGAAUACCUGGGAUGAGAUGGCAAGAGCAGGUCGGAAGCAUCUCAAAUUCUUCUUCACACUCUUGGAUCCCAGGGUGAUGAUGGCUUUCCUGGAUGUGGUUUGGAACCCUGAAAACAUCUACAAAUACCGCAAGAAAGAUCUGCUAAUCAAGCUCACUCACAAACAUUAA